AUGGUCAUCAAAACGGACGAGUUGCCGGCGGCAGCCCCGGCGGACAGCGCUCGGGAGCCCAGCUCGCAGGCCGGUGUCAAGGGGCGGCCAGGAGCGGCGGAGCUGCCUUCAGUCAUGCUGUUGAAUGGGGACUGCCCAGAGAGCCUGAAGAAGGAAGAACGGGCUGCGGAACCGCCCCGGGAAAACGGGCUCGAUGAGAGCGAGCCAGGAGAGGAGACCCCCGGACAGGAAGUCAUCGUCAUUCAGGACACAGGCUUUUCGGUGAAGAUCCUGGCUCCUGGGGUCGAGCCCUUCUCCCUCCAGGUAUCACCCCAGGAGAUGGUGCAGGAGAUCCACCAGGUGCUCAUGGACCGUGAAGACACAUGUCACCGCACCUGCUUCUCAUUGCACCUGGAUGGCAACAUGCUGGACCACUUCUCAGAGCUGCGCAGUGUGGAGGGGCUGCAGGAGGGCUCGGUGCUACGCGUGGUAGAAGAGCCGUACACAGUGCGAGAAGCCCGCAUCCACGUGCGCCACGUUCGAGACCUGCUCAAGAGCCUAGACCCCUCCGAUGCCUUCAAUGGGGUUGACUGCAACUCCUUGUCCUUCCUGAGUGUCUUUACCGAUGGCGACCUGGGAGACAGCGGGAAGCGGAAGAAAGGCUUGGAGAUGGACCCCAUCGACUGCACACCGCCCGAAUACAUCCUUCCUGGGAGCCGGGAGCGGCCAUUGUGUCCUCUGCAGCCCCAGAACCGGGACUGGAAGCCCCUGCAGUGCCUGAAGGUGCUCACCAUGAGCGGCUGGAACCCGCCCCCUGGGAACCGCAGGAUGCAUGGGGACCUCAUGUACCUGUUCGUAAUCACAGCUGAGGACCGGCAAGUCAGCAUCACAGCCUCCACCCGGGGAUUUUACCUGAACCAGUCCACGGCAUACCACUUCAACCCCAAGCCUGCCAGCCCCCGCUUCCUCAGCCAUUCCCUGGUGGAGCUGCUCAACCAGAUCAGCCCAACCUUCAAAAAAAACUUUGCCGCCCUGCAGAAGAAAAGGGUCCAGCGCCACCCCUUCGAGAGGAUCGCCACCCCAUUCCAGGUGUACAGCUGGACAGCGCCCCAGGCGGAGCACGCCAUGGACUGCGUGCGGGCGGAGGAUGCCUACACCUCCCGGCUGGGCUACGAGGAGCACAUUCCCGGACAGACCCGGGACUGGAACGAGGAGCUGCAGACCACACGGGAGCUGCCUCGGAAAAACCUGCCUGAGCGACUGCUGCGAGAAAGAGCCAUAUUCAAGGUGCACAGUGACUUCACGGCGGCAGCCACGCGGGGCGCCAUGGCGGUCAUCGACGGCAACGUGAUGGCCAUCAACCCCAGCGAGGAGACCAAGAUGCAGAUGUUCAUUUGGAACAACAUCUUCUUCAGCCUGGGCUUCGAUGUUCGCGACCACUACAAGGACUUCGGCGGGGACGUGGCGGCCUACGUGGCGCCCACCAACGACCUGAACGGCGUGCGCACGUACAACGCGGUGGACGUGGAGGGGCUGUACACGCUGGGCACGGUGGUGGUGGAUUACCGUGGCUACCGGGUCACAGCCCAGUCCAUCAUCCCCGGCAUCCUGGAGCGGGACCAGGAGCAGAGUGUCAUCUACGGCUCCAUUGACUUCGGCAAGACGGUGGUGUCGCACCCGCGGUACCUGGAGCUGCUGGAGCGCACGAGCCGGCCCCUCAAGAUCCUGAGGCACCGGGUGCUCAACGACCGGGACGAGGAGGUGGAGCUCUGCUCCUCCGUGGAGUGCAAGGGCAUCAUCGGCAACGACGGGCGCCACUACAUCCUGGACCUGCUGCGCACCUUCCCCCCCGACCUCAACUUCCUGCCCGUGCCCGGCGAGGCCCUGCCGGAGGAGUGCACCCGCGCCGGCUUCCCCCGCGCACACCGCCACAAGCUGUGCUGUCUGCGCCAGGAGCUGGUGGACGCCUUCGUGGAGCACAGGUAUCUGCUCUUCAUGAAGCUGGCAGCCCUACAGCUGAUGCAGCAGAAGGCCAGCAAGAUGGAGAGCCCCACGUCACUGGAGAACGGCGACGCCCCAUCCUCGGAGUCCAAGCCUGAAGACCCUCCAGCCCCCGAGGCAGGAGGCGAGGAGGAGGGCAGCAGUGCUAGUGGCCUGGCCAAGGUGAAGGAGCUGGCGGAGACCAUUGCCUCGGACGACGGGACAGCAGACCCUCGGAGUCGGGAGGUGAUCCGCAACGCAUGCAAAGCUGUGGGUUCCAUCAGCAGCACGGCCUUCGAUGUCCGCUUCAACCCUGACAUCUUCUCGCCGGGAGUGCGCUUCCCUGAGUCCUGCCAGGAGGAGGUUCGGGACCAGAAGCAGCUGCUGAAAGACGCCGCUGCCUUCCUGCUCUCCUGCCAGAUACCUGGCUUGGUGAAGGACUUCACAGACCACGCGGUGCUGCCCAUGGACGGGGCCACGCUGGCCGAGGUGAUGCGCCAGCGUGGCAUCAACAUGCGCUACCUGGGCAAGGUGCUGGACUUGGUGAUGCAGAGCCCGGCCCGCGACCAGCUGGACCACAUCCACAAAAUUGGCAUUGGAGAGCUCAUCACCCGCUCUGCCAAGCACAUCUUCAAGACGUACCUACAGGGAGUCGAGCUCUCAGGGCUCUCGGCUGCCAUCAGCCACUUCCUGAACUGCUUCCUGAGCUCCUACCCCAACCCCGUGGCCCACCUGCCCGCCGACGAGCUCAUCUCCAAGAAGAGGAACAGGAGGAGGCGAAACCGGCCUCCAGGGGCAGCGGAUAACACAGCCUGGGCCGUCAUGACCCCCCAGGAGCUUUGGAAGAACAUCUGCCAGGAGGCCAAGAACUACUUUGACUUCAGCCUCGAGUGUGAGACAGUGGACCAGGCUGUGGAGACCUAUGGGCUGCAGAAGAUCACGCUGCUGCGGGAGAUCUCCCUGAAAACUGGCAUCCAGAUCCUGCUGAAGGAGUACAGCUUCGACAGCCGCCACAAGCCCGCCUUCACGGAGGAGGACGUGCUCAACAUCUUCCCCGUGGUCAAGCACGUCAACCCCAAGGCCUCGGACGCCUUCCACUUCUUUCAGAGCGGGCAGGCCAAAGUACAGCAGGGCUUCCUAAAGGAGGGAUGUGAGCUUAUCAAUGAGGCCCUGAACCUGUUUAACAACGUGUAUGGGGCCAUGCACGUGGAAAUCUGUGCCUGCCUGCGCCUGCUUGCCCGCCUCCACUACAUCAUGGGUGACUACGCCGAGGCCCUCAGUAACCAGCAGAAGGCCGUGCUAAUGAGUGAGCGAGUGAUGGGCAUCGAGCACCCCAACACCAUCCAGGAAUAUAUGCACCUGGCGCUCUACUGUUUCGCCAGUAGCCAGCUGUCCACCGCCCUGAGCCUGCUGUACCGCGCCCGCUACCUCACACUGCUCGUGUUCGGGGAGGACCACCCUGAGAUGGCGCUGCUGGACAACAACAUCGGGCUGGUGCUGCACGGAGUGAUGGAGUAUGACCUAUCGCUGCGCUUCCUGGAGAAUGCGCUGGCCGUCAGCACCAAGUACCACGGGCCCAAGUCCCUCAAGGUGGCCCUCAGCCACCACCUGGUCGCCCGGGUCUAUGAGAGCAAAGCCGAGUUCCGCUCCGCGCUGCAGCACGAGAAGGAAGGCUACACCAUCUACAAGACGCAGCUGGGCGAGGACCACGAGAAGACCAAGGAGAGCUCCGAGUACCUCAAGUGCCUGACCCAGCAGGCCGUGGCCCUGCAGCGCACCAUGAACGAAAUCUACCGCAACGGCUCCAGCGCCAACAUCCCGCCCCUCAAGUUCACAGCCCCCAGCAUGGCCAGCGUCUUGGAGCAGCUGAACGUCAUCAACGGCAUCCUCUUCAUUCCUCUCAGCCAAAAAGACUUGGAGAAUCUGAAAGCUGAAGUGGCGCGGCGGCAGCAGCUCCAGGAGGCCAGCAAGAAUAGGGAUAAGGCCGAGGAGCCCAUAGCCACCGAGCCGGAGUCCGCGGGGGCCUCAGAGGAUACGGCUGCCCAGCCCCCAGCUGCCAAGGACCCUUCCUCCCCGAGCUUGCAGGGGUAG